AUGCAAAUAAGUGUUAGCUUGUUACAAACAGAAACAAGGAUGAUAAAAGGCUUUAAGAAAAGGGUACAUCAAUAUAAUAUUUAUAUUCUGCAUGAAAGAAGUAUGUUAAACCAGAUAUUCUUAAAUACAUUUCUUGAGCUUUUGCGACAAUUUCUUUGGGAAGUUUAUUACACUCAGAAUUAUCGGAUUCUUUACCAAAGAUCUAUAUACAUAAUGAAUGAUGUGAAAAUGAACAACCAAAUAAAUAAAGUGCCAAGACUUUUAUACCUUAACUCACCUGUAAAACUUGGUUUUUUAGAACGAAAAACUUCAAGUAUUAUGCAAAAAAUAAUAACAAAUACAAAAUCCUUCACAGGUCGAAUGAAAAUCAAAACAUGUUAUAAUAAACAAGUAAUAUUCAUUUUUUCAAAAGCGGAUAGAUCAAAAACAUCAAAUCAAACUAUUUAA